AUGGGUAACAUGUUGAGCUCACUGUGUCUGACAGUGAGCUCGCUGUUUGAGACAGUGAGCACCACUGGUAGCACAAUUGCCGACCUCGGUAACAAAAACUCGGUAUUGAAGGCCAGAGGACCAACAGUGAGCACCGGGAUUACCAAUCUCGGUAUUCAAACCUCGGCAUUGAAGGCCAGAGACCUCAGUAAUAAAAACUCGGCAUUGAAGGCUGGAGGUGUCCAAAAACUCGGUAAUGAGGACAAGCAAUGGAUACCGGUGGUCAAAAACUCGGCAUUGAAGUCCGGAGGUGACCAAAAACUCGGUGAUGGAUUCAGGCAGUCAAAAACUCGGUAA